AUGAGCAGUUUUGCAAUCUUUCCCGGGAAUGCGAGAGUUAUGACUGCAUCAUCUGCGACGCAAUCAUCAUCAUCUGCGGGGGUAUCCUCGAGAGGAGCGUUUCAUCGUCUUGAGCAUCGUCAUCGUCAUCGCGCGAAGAGGAGGAAAAGGAGAGUGUUUGCAAAAGCGGAAGAAGAAUCGUUCUUCGAGAAGUUGAAUCCAUUCAAGAAGAAGGAGAAUGCAUUAACCACCACCGAACGAGAACAACAGAUGAAUAUGAAUAACAGAAAGAAUAAAAAGAACGAACUGAUUAACUCGACGCAGCGAGAACAACUCUUCGGGAAAGGUUUAAUGGGGCGAGUAGCGACUGGUGUGAUUAACAAUCUCGCGGGUCAACUCGCUGAAGGGAUGUCCGAGAUGCGAACGAACGUAGAGGACGCGUACGAAAUCGCGAGGAGUAAGUGCGAAAAGGACGGGAAGUUGAGAGAAGCUUUAGGCGGCGAGGACGUAAUCGUUGGACCGGUUACGACGCAAAUGAGCAACUCGAUGAACGUCAACGGGAAAAGGACGGACGUGACGAGGAUUGGGAUGAUCGCUUCGUCCUCGAGCGGUAACAAAGUAGCCUCGAUCGCAGUCACCAUGGAAUCGGUCACGACCGGGAAGAAAAACGUCACCGUCGUCGCCACUUUAAGAAACGGAGAAAGUUUUGAAGUCGACGGCGUCGGGGGAGGAGGGGUUGGUCGAAACGUCGACGUCGUGAUUGACGCAAACGGGACGAAUACUAGAAACGACGACGACGAGGAUUUCUUCGAAGGAGGGGAAAUCAUCGAGGCAUCCUUCGACGACGCCUCCUCGUCAUCAUCCGGGAACGAUAACGGAAACGACGAAUAA